AUUUGGCAGCAGGCGGCAUGGGUUAGAGCCGACCUACCCACCACGGCGAGGCGACGGACGGACGGACGGACACGAGCGGCGCUCCACUUUGGAGAUGCUCUUGCCCGCACCAGCAGCGGCAGCGCCGUCGCCUCCUCUUCUCCCCCACUGGCCCCGAGGCUGCGGCAGCGGGGCUCCUCGCCCUCCUCCUCGCAUAUGCGCCGCGCAGCUCCGUGCUCCGACCACGCUCCUGCUCCCGCGCCGUAGCCCUUUCGGCUGCUCUUGCUCCCCCUCUCCCUCUCCCUCCCCCUCCCCCUCCCCCGGCGGCGACGAGGACGGUGCGCGCCAGCUGUUCGAUGAGUUUUCAGUCCUCUCUCCAAAUGUUCCAUGGGAGGUCGAGGACAUAUGGAGAACAUUUGCAGCAUAUUUCUUUGUCUUGCAUAUCCCUUUCAGCUUUGGAGGGCUUGGUGUGGUGGCUCAACUGCUACAUUGUCCCUCACUUGAUCCCUUGACCACAGUCUCUACCACAGUCGUGCUUCAAUUGACAGAGCUUACUUUGGCUUUAGCGCUGUUGCAGCACACUACAAAAAAUGAUCAUAAAGUUUGGUCCUUCUUUGCCGGGAAGCUCUGUCCACAACAGAAUUGGAUAAAAGAAACCGUACUAGGUUUCAUAUUUUUGAUGACCAUGGUUUCAUUCACAACUGUAGUUGCUGACAAAUUGAUAGGUCUUGAGGAUACAUAUGAUCCAAUGUUAAGGAAAAUACUUUCUGACAGUCCAACCUCUAGGCUAUUGUGUGUUUUCCUAUACUGUGUGAUUGCUCCAUUGUCAGAAGAAACUAUUUACCGUGGAUUCCUUGUAACAGCCCUAUCUUCCUCACUGAAAUGGAAGGAUGCUGUAAUCAUUAGUUCCCUUAUGUUCAGCAUAGCACACUUUUCCAUAAAUAGUUCAUUUCAGUUGUUUGUCAUUGGAUGUAUCACAGGGUUAGCUUAUUGUCGAACUGGUACAUUGGUAGCGCCACUCACAAUCCAUUCAUUGUAUAAUGCAGCAAUAUUGUAUAUGACUUUGAUGUCUUAAUUUUCUUAAGAGUAUUAGGUACAUGCCAAUCUUU